AUGUAUUCUAGCCGUGUUACCCUACGCUGUAAUUAUUUUGCAGUGGAUUUGCCUCCUGUUCCAGACUAUGAAUUUCUCGAAAGCUCUCACUAUGAACAAGACCGUAGUGCACUUAAAAAAAGGGAAUGGGAGCGGAGGAAUCAAGAAGUCCAGCAAGAAGACGAUCUCUUUUCUUCAGGCUUUGAUCUUUUUGGGGAGCCCUACAAGACAAACAAAGGUGAUGCACUUGCCAACCGAGUCCAGAACACGCUUGGAAACUAUGAUGAAAUGAAGGAUUUGCUAACUAACCAUUCUAAUCAGAAUCAUCUAGUGGGAAUCCCAAAGAAUUCUGUGCCCCAGAUUCCUGUCAACAAAAAUGAACCGAGCUUUUUUCCAGAGCAAAAGAACCGAAUGAUUCCACCCCAUCAAGAUAAUACCCACCCUUCAGCACCAAUGCCUCCACCUUCUGUCGUGAUACUGAAUUCAACUCUAAUACACAGCAACAGAAAAUCGAAAGUGGAGUGGCCACGAGACAGUCAUAACCCUAGCACUGUACCGACAAGCCAGGUCAGUAAUCAACCAAACAAGAUGCAGACUUUGACACAGGACCCUUCUCAAGCUAGAUUGGAAGACUUCUUUGUCUACCCAGCGGAACAGCCUCCAGUUGGGGUAGUUGAAGAAUCGGCUCCAUCUGCAAAGGAAGACAGUAGCUCCAAGUCCAGUGGAGAUGAUGCCUUCAAAGAAAUCUCUGAAUCCAACUCACCAGAAGAAUCUGAAUUUACAGUGCAAGCACCUGGGUCUCCCCUAGUUGCUUCUUCUUUAUUAGCUCCCAGCAGUGGCCUUUCAGUUCAAAACUUCCCACCGGGGCUUUACUGCAAAUCAAGCAUGGGGCAGCAAAAGCCAACAGCAUAUGUAAGGCCCAUGGAUGGCCAGGACCAGGCACCGGACAUCUCGCCAGCAUUGAAACCAUCAAUCGAAUUUGAAAACAGCUUUGGGAAUCUGUCAUUCGGAUCAUUGUUGGAUGGAAAACCCAGUGCAGCCAGUUCAAAGACUAAGCUGCCAAAGUUUACGAUCCUCCAAACAAGUGAAGUAAGCCUUCCUAGUGACCCAAGCUGUGUUGAGGAAAUCUUGCGGGAGAUGACCCAUUCCUGGCCUGCUCCCCUCACUGCCAUGCACACUCCUGGAAACUUGGAGCAGAACACACUUUCUACCCCUGCACAGGAAUCCCAGCAUCUGACCCAAGGAUUCACCUUACAAAAGUGGAGCGACCCAACCAGCAGAGCUUCCACAAAGAUGCUUGAAGAUGACCUGAAGCUGAGCAGUGAUGAAGAUGACCUUGAGCCUGUGAAGACUUUGACCACUCAGUGCACUGCCACUGAGCUUUACCAGGCUGUUGAAAAGGCAAAACCUAAGAAUAAUUCUGUGAACCCACAUUUGGCCACACCCCAGCCCCCACCCGUAGUGCAAGCCUGUGGGGGUUCUGGCAGCUCCAGCGAGUCAGAGAGCAGCUCUGAGGAGUCGGACUCGGACACUGAAAGCAGCACCACUGACAGCGACUCCAAUGAAGCACCUCGGGUGUCCACUCCAGAGCCUGAACCACCCUCAACCAACAAGUGGCAACUGGAUAAGUGGCUUAACAAAGUGACAUCCCAGAACAAGUCAUUUAUUUGUGGCCAAAAUGAAACACCAAUGGAGACGAUUUCUCUGCCCCCUCCAACCAUCCAGCCAGUAGAAGUGCAGAUUAAAGUGAAGACAAAUCCUAGCCAAGUCCUGGCUGAACCCAAAGAAAGGCCUCUCCUGAGUCUCAUUAGGGAAAAAGCCCGUUCACGGCCCACUCAGAAAACUCCAGAAACAAAGGCUUUGAAGCAUAAGUUGUCAGCACCUAUUGAUUCAACUUCUCAAAGGACAAUUGGGAAAAAACAGCCCAAAAAAGUUGAGAAGAAUACCAGCACUGAUGAGUUUACCUGGCCAAAACCAAAUAUUACCAGCAGUACUCCCAAAGAAAAAGAAAGUGUGGAGCCUCCUGAUCCACCAAGAGGCCGCAACAAAGCCACUGCCCACAAACCAGUUCCUAGGAAAGAGCCAAGGCCUAACAUCCCCUUGGCUGCUGAGAAAAAGAAGUACAGAGGUCCUGGCAAGAUUGUGCCAAAGUCUAGGGAAUUCAUUGAAACAGAUUCAUCUACAUCUGAUUCCAACACAGAUCAGGAAGAGACAUUGCAGAUCAAAGUCCUGCCUCCUUGCAUUGUUCCUGGAGGCAAUACUACCAAAUCCAAGGAAAGUGGUGGUGCCAGCCUGACCCUCAGCACCUUCAUCAACAGCAGCAACAACUUAUCCAGCAAUAAUGAGGAGCCAACUUUUUCACCCAUUCCUGUUGUGCAGACUGAGCUUCUGUCCCCUCUACGAGAUCAUGAGAAUCCAAAAAACCUCUGGGUGAAGAUUAACCUUGACUUACUCUCUAGGGUACCUGGCCACAAUAUACUCCAAGUAGCAUCUUCCAAGCCAGAUCACAAGGAGACUGCCCCAAAACCCAAGCGUCAGACUGCUCCUGUAGCUGUGGAAAAGCCAGCCCCUAAAAGCAAGCGUAAGCACAAGCCAGCAGAAGUUGCAGAGAAAAUCCCUGAGAAGAAGCAACGCCUGGAAGAGGCCACAACUAUCUGCUUGCUCCCUCCUUGUAUCUCACCAGUCCCACCCAGCAAGCCUCCAAACAUUAAAGAAAAUAAUUCAUCCAGGAGAGCAAACAGAAGAAAAGAAGAAAAGUUGUUCCCACCUCCACUUUCCCCACUGCCUGAAGAGCCUCCACGCCGCAGAAAUGUCAGUGGCAAUAAUGGUCCCUUCAGUCAAGAUAAAAGCAACUCCAUGACUGGACAAAUCCCCUCUACCAAACUCAAGAAAAGUGAAGGCAAAUUCUGUGCUACCUUCAAAGGGAUACCUGUAAAUGAGGGAGACACUCCAAAAAAGGCAACCACUGCCACUGUCACUGUCACCAACACUGCUAUUGCCACUGUCACUGCUACUGCCAUAGUCACCGCCACUGUCACAGCUACCACCACCGCCACGGCCACCACCACACCCACUACCACUACCAUUUCCACCAUCACCUCUACCAUCACUACUGGCCUUAUGGACAGCAGUCACCUGGAGAUGACAUCCUGGGCCGCCCUGCCCCUUCUGUCCAGCAGCAGCACUAAUGUCCGGAGACCCAAGCUCACUUUUGAUGACUCGGUUCACAACGCUGAUUAUUACAUGCAAGAGGCUAAGAAACUGAAGCACAAAGCUGAUGCACUGUUCGAGAAAUUUGGCAAGGCUGUGAAUUACGCCGAUGCUGCACUCUCCUUCACUGAGUGCGGUAAUGCGAUGGAGCGAGACCCUCUGGAAGCAAAGUCCCCGUACACCAUGUACUCUGAGACUGUGGAGCUCCUCAGGUAUGCAAUGAGACUGAAGAACUUUGCAAGCCCCCUGGCUUCCGACGGGGACAAAAAGCUAGCAGUGCUAUGCUACCGAUGUUUAUCACUUCUCUACUUGAGGAUGUUUAAACUGAAGAAGGACCAUGCCAUGAAGUACUCCAGAUCAUUGAUGGAAUAUUUUAAGCAAAAUGCUUCAAAAGUUGCUCAGAUACCAUCUCCAAGGGUAGGCAAUGGAAAGAACACUCCAUCCCCAGUGUCUCUCAACAACGUCUCUCCCAUCAACGCAAUGGGGAACUGUAACAACGGCCCUGUCACCAUCCCCCAGCGCAUUCACCACAUGGCCGCCAGCCAUGUCAACAUCACUAGCAACGUGUUGCGGGGCUAUGAACACUGGGACAUGGCUGACAAACUGACAAGAGAAAACAAAGAAUUCUUUGGCGAUCUGGAUACAUUGAUGGGACCUCUGACCCAGCACAGCAGCAUGACCAAUCUUGUCCGCUAUGUUCGCCAAGGACUGUGUUGGCUGCGCAUCGAUGCCCAUUUGUUGUAGUGGGUGCUCUCCUAUCUCUAGCAUCACCACCCAUCACUCUACCUCUACCAGCGCACCAAUGGUCACUGGUGGAACUCCACUCAUUUGGGGAAGUUUUCUUUGGUUAUGUUUGUUUUUAUGCUUCAUUUGGUAUCUGUGAAAAUCAGAAGUCAUUGUAAGCGGACACUACAACUUGAGAUCAGUGUAUGUUUUACUACUUAGUCAUGUUUUAGUAUUUGGUAUGUGUUGUUCAGAUCUCACCAUCUCUUUGUGUUUUAUGGACUAACAGUCCUUAUAAUAUUGCUUUAAGUUCACACUACCCAAAACAAAGAAUGGGAAGCACUUAUGAUGAUGACUGGUUCCUGAGAAGUGAAACAGUGGUCUUACAUAUAGAUGAGAACUUAGACACAAGGGACCUGCAAAGAUUUUCAGCAAUAGCUGUUUCCCCAAACUAUCCUCUCAUGUCCAGAAAAGAGCAUAUUUGAGAAUCUAUUGUUAACUUUUGUGGUCCCCACAGACUCAGUCUUCAGGUGAGAAUUUUUAUCAUGAAAACCCACUAGUUAGGUGUCUUAGUACCAUCAUAAAAUCAAGACUAUCAAGAAAAUAAAUAAGCAUAGCAAUGCCACUCUUAAAAUGAUGCUAUGCCACACAACCAGUGGACUUUCUUGUUAGCAUCCCUUUUCUGAUUCCCUACAUUUUUUUUUAAUGAUGAGAAGGAGGGGCAACACUUACUUUGAUAAUUUUAAGGUGUCAUCUGGCAUAAAUAUUUUUGACGUCCAUGAUUUGAAGCACAAAUCCUCCCUGGAGUUCUCUGUGAAAAGUUCUCCUUUGAAGGAGCUAUAUGGUGGAUGCAUGCCAUAGUAGCCAUCAUGCCAUGCUCCAGUCUUAAAGUUGAAAGGUAAGAGAAGUCUGGAAACUGUCUGACAAGGAAUUCACACUUCUGCCUCCUUUAUAGUGGACAAGUGGGUCCAUAACUUGAAGAGUUUCUGUGUUUUACUCAAAUCUAUGGAAGCAAAUGUCAAGUUAUCACUACCUACAAGUAAUAAUUCCUAAUGGCUUUAAAAUCUGGACUUCAGUUAUCCACAUUUUCCAUUUUACAAUUUUUCUUUUUUCUACUUCCUUUUAUUUUAUCUUUCUUUUCCUUUUUUCAGUCUCUUUAGUUUUUGGCUGAAAUACAAUCACCAAUUUUAUUAAAGUUUGUAGUAGUGUGAACCAUUCCCAUGAAAAUUCCAAAGAAAACUCCAAACUCUCAAAGUAGUAUCUAGCUUUAAAAAAAAAAUGAGUCUUGGGGUAGUGCUUUGCCCUGGAGUGUUUUGCAAGAGCCCUGAAGAUUGGGAACAGGUCAUCUAAUUUGGAGACAUAUUCCCAUCAGUUGUGACUAUAUCCCUUCCCUUCUUACAAUCCUCUACAUUCAUUUUGUGUUCCUAACUAAACAUUACAAUGUAAAUAUCAUCAUCUUUGGUAUUCCAGCUCACCAGAAGAAUCCUCUACUUGUGGUAAACACUAUCUGUGCAUUAGUUACUUGUAAUUACCUGCUGGUAUAUAAUUCCAUGUAGCCUUUAAUCUGCUGAGUUAUUGAAUUCUGUUCACUGAGUUAUGGCCAGAUAAAUAAUAGAUAUGCACAUGAAAGAUGCAAACUUGUAUGAUUUUUAAAGUAAGUCAUGCAGGUCUGUGAUAGGAACAGCAGGUGAUCACUCUGCACUCUUAUUGUCAAGGUUAGAUAUAUCCCCAGUUGUAAAAGUGCCAGAUUUGAGCUUCACUCUGGUCAUCUUUGAGUUUAAGACCCUUUGUUGUAUAAUAAGAUUAUUUAAGUUGUACUCCAAUGGCCGAAGCUGUGUUGUUAAUAUGGCUGAUGAGAGUAUCCCAGCAGCUGGAUCCAGCACUUUUUAUGUUCCCACUGUGGUUGAGCUUUACAUUUAUAGUCUCAAUGAACACACUUAGGCAUGCACACACACACACACACACACACACACACACACACACACACACACACAGUGAAACUUGAAAGAAUAUUUUCUGAGCCUCUUAAAUGAGGAAAAUUAGAAUAUGGAAGACUGAACACCCAAGGUGGGUGUCUUAUGCAAUUUAGCUGAUGACUUUGUAGUGACUCAAGUUCUCUCUUUUCCAUGGCUUACCAGGUAGAAUGCCUGACUAUUACUAUAUAAUGGAGCCCAUGGCUUGAUUUGAAAAUUCAACCUAGACCACUAUCCUAGAUCAUCAUGGAUUUAGGAGUAGGAUCUUCUUGAUGUUCAGUCUCCAGAAACUAGACAUUAGAAUGCUAGGGGAACUUUCCCAGGGAAACAAGCAUAUCACCUCACGGAUGAGACUUGUAGCUCUAGUUUCAGUGACUUGCUGUUCCUACUUACAUACAGCAGGGAGGCAAGUCACCUCUGGUGCCUGAGUAUAAAGUGUGUGCUGAGUCAGCAGCACAAUGACCAAAUCUGACAGAUGAGCUCUGGAUCACCACCUGAUUAUUUAGCAGACCCAUUAUUUUAAAGCAGCUUAGAAACCAAUUAAACAUGGAGAAUGAAUUACUUUCCCAUCCCUGGAGAUAAGAUGUCUUCCUUUUUCAUGAUUAAGCAUUGUUGCUGUUUUCUAGGCAUUCUAUUCAUCGCAUUGUAAAUGGUGAUGUGCAUUAUAGGUGUGCAGCUUUUUGAGAGGUUGAGGGAUUGAGAUAUUUUGUCAGCGUACCAGUUUGUGGGAGGAAUAUGAGACAUGUGGAUGGCAGUGAGAGAUCGUGCCUCUAGACCUUGAUGAAGUCUUGGUGAAACAUAUUUAAAUAAGCACAGGGAGGUAGGGUAAUGGGCAAAGUAACAGGCAGCUCCAUCUGAGCAAGUACACAGAACAAUCUCAGCCCUGCACCCAGGUAGGGCCACCACUAUGCCUUCAUUUGUUACUCAAGCUCCAACCACAGAGUGUUUGACAACUUUGUGUUAUGAUGUUGGCUUGGCUUUGUAUUUUUAAUUAACUUUGGAUUUUUUAGUGGUUUUGUCAUAUUACUGUCUGAGUUUGGUAGGUAGGAUUAAUUUGAAAAGAGUUUACUUGUGUGGUCCUCGGGGUAGAAUUUAGCUUUAAGCAUGUUGUUAGCCAGCCUGUAGACUGUUACUUACUUAAUAAUAUCAUUGGGAAAAUACUAGUAGUUUUAUAUUUGGAUGACAUAAUUGGAAGAGCAGAUUAGUGGUUGCUACUUUUAAAAGACUUAAGGUCAGGAUGCCUUUUUUCCAGGUAAUGAGAUAAAAAGAUACAAAUCUUUCCUCAGUAACCCAGUUACAAAAUUAGAAACCAUUGGCUAAUAUGUAUUUUGUUGAAUUUCCAAAUGGAAGGAUUUUCAUUUGGGCUUUAUAUUGCUAAAUGCAUUGGCUUUGGUCUGCAUUGGAAAGAUGCUUAUUUUACCGUAUCUUUCCCAAGGCUACCCAAUUCAGAUUUUGUUUCAUUCAAAUUUGCAUCCUGAAAGUUGAAGUUGGAGUUUGAAAUGGGAAAGUGUUUUUGAAGGCAGAAUUGAGUUGUGAAGGUGAACCCCUCACAUACUUCUCAAUAAACAGGAUAAAAUUCACCUACAUGAGUUGGUGGGUAAGAAAACCAACCUGGAUCACUGGGUAGGACUACUCAGUAAAGCAAUGAACUGCUUGCUUAGAGAAGCAGCAAUGUCCCCAUUGAGAAAAACGUGUGGCAAGAUGAUAGAGCUACAUAAUAUCAAACAAAUGGGUCAGCUCAAUGCCCCCAAAUUAAAUUCUGUGGGGGAAAAAUAUUGAGCCCGUUGUCAGUGUUCUGUUACGCUACUGGCAAACUAAAUUCGUCAUCGUCGUCAUUGCUGUUGUUUCUCAUUUUCAAUUGCACAGCCUUAUUCUCAUAAUUAAACUCUGAUUCAUUUUCUCUUUGGUGUUAGCAAACCCCAACAACAGAAAUGGCAUCUGUGUAUUGAUAACCAGCAUUUACCCUGGCAGGAGACUAAUUAGAUAGGCUGGUCUCAGACAUGAAUCCUACCAUCUGAUAUUUUCAGUGAAAGAAAGAGUAUUAAUUCCACUUCCAUUCUCCUCUUCACAAAUCUAGAAGCCCUCUUACUAAGAGCAUCACAUUUUUUAUCUAUAAUCUAUCAACUAAAAGAAAAGUGCAUUGUGGGGAGGGCAAAAAGGGCCAUGGGUGUGUGGGGGUUGGAGGGUGGGAAAGUCUUUUAAGACCAGAUUGCAAUUCUUGCCCCUUUCUGCUUCUGACAUGAGAUGUUAAAGAAUCAUUCAUAGUGUUCACAUUGGGUUAGGGGACACUGAACUGCUUUUCAGAUCCAUGAUCAACCAUCAUUCUUCUAAGAGAUUGGAGCUUUGCUGUUUCAUUAACCGUGCAGUGAACACUAACAGUGUUUAAUAAAAAUCAUUCUAAAUUUCAAACUCUUUUGCCAGUGACCUGAAUUUUGUGGCUCUUUAAUUUGUAUUAGACUUUGAAGAGGGAAGGGGGAGGCACAGGAAGCCUGCUAUCCAGCCCCUGGCAGGACUCUACAGCAUUAAACUUGCACCCACCUGCCAGCCAGCAGUCAUUGCUGAGCUGCAGCAUGCUGUGGGAAACCUCCUGAAGAAUGCCCGAGUGGAUGCUUUCAGCUGGGGCUAUCUUGUUUCUACAGGAGGAAUCAUUGUUCUCCAGUGUCUACAAUAGGAAGGCAGCUGCCAUAUCCAGAGACAAGUUCAGAUGCUUUACCUUUUUUGUCUGACAUCACUCAUGUGGCUACAACAUAGGAGAAGCAUCCCUGAAAGUAGAGCUCAGAGUGGUGACAACGGGUAGCCAAAUGUAUCCCAGAUACAUAGGCCCUUCAGUUGUUCUGCAGUGCUUGUGAAACUGGGGGCAAAGGGCAGGAAGCACAAUGGAAGAAACCCCAAAGAGGUUGAAGUGAUGCCUGCUAUGCUGCCCACACCAAAAGCUGGCUUCCUCUUUGGUUGGCCUGCUGUGCAACCAGUGGUAUGCUGGUAAAAUGUUUCAUGACUCUGAGAAUAGAAAGCACCUGAUGUACAGCAUUUGCCAAUUUCCAUGGUAAAUACUCCCAUCAUGGCUGAUUUCAUGCUACCAACUGUGACGUCAAUGAACACAGAGUAGGGAAGAGAUACAUACAGUAGGUUCUGGGAUCCGGGGGAAAGCCAGCUCCAACACACUACUGGAUGCAAGUAGUCAGAGAAUUCCAGUUUCACGUAUUUGUUCAUGUGGUCACAGGCACAUAAAUCCCCAUGCAGCCUUC